AAGGAAAAAUUAAUCAUUAUUCGUUCAGUGGCAUUCCGUGUUCGUGUGUUCUCCUGUUGACCGUGGACGGAGUACGAAUUUUUGUGAAACGUAUCACGCUUGGCUAGCUGAGGUCUCUUUCGGGAAAAGGUUUUUUUUUUCGGUAGACCUGUAAUCCGGCAUCAUUCAGUCGCUCAGGUUUCGGUGUGCAACUUUGAAGUUGCAUCUGUCUGCUUCAAAGCAAUCCGUCCUCCGGAGCAUUCGAAACCAGUGCACGUUUUACAGAAUGAAUGAUCGCGAAAAACGGAGAAUCUCCAUCAUCGGAUCUGGAAACUGGGGAUCUGCCAUAGCACGCAUUGUUGGGCUGAACUGUCGCAAACUGGAUUACAUGGUAGAUGAAGUUAAGAUGUGGGUCUUCGAAGAAGUCCUGGAGGACGGACGCAAGCUCACGGACGUCAUCAACACUGAGCACGAAAAUGUCAAGUACCUCAAAGGAUUCAAGCUUCCCGACAAUGUCGUCGCUGAACCGGACAUCCUGAAGUCCACCUUGAAUGCUGAUUACCUAGUUUUCGUUAUGCCUCAUCAGUUUCUAGAUCGUGCGUGUGCUCCUUUGAAGGGAAAUUUGAAGCCUGGAGCCGUUGGAAUAUCACUAAUAAAGGGAUUUGACUUGCAACCGAACGGCAAGGUUCAGCUUAUUAGUGAGCUUAUUUCGCAAAUGCUGAAUAUACAAGUAUGCUGUCUGAUGGGUGCAAAUUUGGCCCACGAGGUAGCUUCGGAGAAGUUCUGCGAAACCACUGUUGGGGUAUACACUGACGAACAAGCUCGCAUAUUCAAAGACAUCUUUGAGACUGACACAUUCCGGGUAUCAACGGUAAAAGACACGCAUACGGUGGAAGUUUGUGGGGCAUUGAAGAACAUCGUGGCGUGCGGAGCCGGCUUUGUUGAUGGACUGGGAUACGGGGAUAGUACGAAAGCUGCCGUGAUUCGUUUGGGGCUGAUAGAAAUGAUGCGAUUUGCGGAGCAUUUCUACCCUGGUGCAAAGUUCACCACCUUUUUCGAGUCCUGUGGGAUCGCUGAUCUCGUGGCGUCUUGUUACGGAGGACGAAACAGAAAAGUUUCAGAAGCAGUGGCAAGAACCAGGAAGUCCAUGAGAGAACUCGAAAAAGAAAUGCUUGAUGGACAACGUCUUCAAGGACCCGCCACUGCAGCUGAAGUGAAUGUUUUACUCAAGGAAAGGAAUUUAGAAAAUGACUUUCCUCUGUUCACGACCGUUCACAAAAUUUGCGUUGCCGAGGUCAGCCCUACUGAAAUGUUGGACUGUGUUCUCAGUCAUCCUGAUGCCAGAUGGUUGAAAUCGAAGGGUUUUUCAUUGGGGGUGAAGACGAAUGGUUCUGCUGUAAGGUCCGACGACGCUUGAGCAUUUUCCAACCUUUCCUUUCUUUCAUCGAAUAUCUCCGCGGCUAAUGCAUGUCUACCGCGUCAUUUCAGAAAAACUGCCAUGAGAGACACAGUCUUUUAUACCGAUGAGAUUUUGUUCUUUGUAGUGAUCUUUUUGUAGACGUUACCUUCGAAACUUGGCUUCAGGGCUGUGAUUAUGGAAUCACUUAGGUGUUGUGGCUUUUGAGCGCGUCUUCUGCUAGUCUCCGUAUAUUAAGUUAGUUGAUCUCAUAUCGUGUGACCGGAUGCAAGUCAAUGAUGACAAAAAAGAUGUUUUGGUCGCGUUACUCACUCCAAGUAGUUGUGAUUCAAUCCCGUGAUUAUUCCUCAGGCGUUAUGUGUUGAAUUGAAGUGCAAUUAAAGUAUCUGUUAGGUA